GAAGAAACCUCUUGGCAUACCCAUUGCCAAUAAUGUCUCUCAGUCUAACUCACCAAUCUUGCAUCAACCACCAGCAAAUUACUCCAUGGCACACUCACAAUUUUCUAUUUCCAACAUGGUAGCAGGUGUUGGCACCUCCAAUGCCAAUAAUGUCUCUCAAUUUAACUUGCCAUCCUUAUCUCAACCACCUGCAAAUUACACCAUGGAGUAUCCACAAUUUCCAGUUUCAUAUAUGAAGGCAGGGGUUGGCACAUUCGAUGCCAAUAAUGUCUCUCAAUUUGACUCCCCAUCCAUACUUCAACUACCUGCAAGUUACACUGUAGAGCAUUCACAAUUUCCAGUUUCACAUAUAAUGACAGGUGUUAGCACAUCAAUGAUCAAUAAUGUCUCUCAAUUUGACUCAGCAUCCUUACUUCAACCAUCAGCAAGUUACACCAUGGACCACUUGCAAUUUCCAGCUUCCAAUAUGAUGGUGGAGUUUGGCACAUCCAAUAUCAAUAAUGUCUCUCAAUUUGACUCACUAUCUUUACUUCAACCACCAGUACUGAAUAACGUUGUGGAGCACUCUAGACUUCCAGUUUCAGAUAUCACAGCCAAUGAAGGGGAAGGUAGGGCUUCACUGGUUGCUCCUACUCAAUUGCCUGAUAAUUUUCAGCAAUCAUUCGGAAACGAGGACUACUUAUCUAGCAACAUGAUGAUUGGACCAUCUUUCACUUCGAGCUCUAUUAAUUCUUCAACUAUGUGGUCUCUUUGAUGGUAAAAGGGAGUUAAAAAAUAUUAGUUGGGUUUACCUGGUCUAUGUAUAAGAGGAUUCAAAUAACGAAUCUUUAUACUUCUGUUCUGUAUCUUUUUUAAUUUGGACCCAUAUGCUAUGAAGCGUUGGUAUGUUAGAAAAAUAAGCACUUUGAACUAGUACUUGGAAUUAUAAUGUACCUCUGUCUCUGUGUGUGUAUGGAAUGCAACUUUUAGAAGUUUAUUU